AUCUCCCAGAAUUCCUAGUGUCAAAUCAGGAAGUAGAUACUCUUGGAUGGCAAAGAGUUCAACCGCAACGUGAAAUACAUUACAUUUAUAUCGCUAGAAUUCGUGGUUAUUUGAAAAGAUUCAAGCGGAAUGUCAUGCCCAUUGAAUCACUCUGCGGAGCUGAACCCCGCAGUGCUGCCGCUGGACUGGCUCCUGGGCACCUGGCAGUCCGAUGAGCCGGGAGAGGGAUCCUUCCCCUCCAUCUCACCUUUUCGUUACACAGAGACUCUUCAUUUUUCACAUGUAGGACAGCCCGUGAUCAAUUUUAUGUUUAAUGCUUCCCAUGCUGAGAGCAAAAAGCCACUUCACAGAGAGUGUGGAUUCAUCAGGCUUCAGCCAGGUACCAACAAGGUGGCCUUCAUCAUCGCACAGAACUCGGGUCUUGUGGAGAUUGAGGAGGGGGAGCUCACUGGACAGCAGCUGACUCUGCACAGUACUUCCCUGGCUCGGACAUCUUUUGCCAAGCAGCCUUACGUUCAACAGAUCUCCAGGCACAUCCAGCUGAAGCCGGGGGGAAGGCUGGAACAGACGGUCUUUAUGGCUCUGGAAGGACAGCCUCUGACGCAGCAUUUGCACAUCACUUACCGCAGGACUGAUUAACUAGCUGUCAUGUGGGAGGAAGAUGUGUUUGUGUCUGACACAAAAUAUUGAUGGCUUAUAUAUAGCAACCUGCAGCUGAUGCUAAUAUAUCUGUUAGGAAGAAUGUUAUCUAAAAUAAUAGAUGUGUUCUGAGCCAUCUUCCCAACAAAACAAGCUCUGCAAAUAUUGUUACAGUAUAUAAAGGGGUCCUUUUGUAUUAUGUAUGAAAAGUAUGAAAAUCUAGUUUCAGAUUUAAAUUGUUUAAAGUUUGUUCAUGGCAAACUCUGUAUACAUUUUCUCUCCAGUUAUAAUUUAAGAUUAAUUUGGUAUUUCAUGGGGGAUGUAUUAAUUCAGUAAAAGAAACAAUGUUCUCUACCUUAAGAUAAAUUAACUGUCAUUGCUUUCCAGUAAUCAAGGAAAAGAUUUUUUAACAAAAAAACAGUCUUAAACUAAAAAUUGUUUAAUAGAGAUUGCAUUUAAAAUAAUGGAUAUUGGGUUAAUAAAGUCAAAUCUACACUAGA